AUGUCCACCACUCCUGAUGAACAGAUGAUGGUUCCGAGAGACGACAUCUACGACCUGCUCGGCUUCGGAUACGGCCCGGCACAUCUGGCGCUUUCGAUCGCGCUCAGAGAGAACCAAGACAUCCAGGACGCUGGCUUCAAGUCGCACUUUGUCGAAAAGAGGGGCCACUUUGCAUGGCACCCCGCCCUCCUCCUGCCCGGCUCGCAGCUCCAAGUCUCGCCGCUCAAGGACCUCGCCACGCUGCGCGACCCGACGUCCACCUACACCUUCUUCAACUUCCUCCACUCGCACGGCAGGCUCGCCAAGUACAUCAACAAGGACCAGGGCGUGCCCAGCCGCAGGGAGUGGACCGCCUACCUCGCGUGGGCGGCCAAGCGCAUGGACGAAGCUGUCACCUAUGGCCACGAGGUCGUCGCCGUCGAGCCUCUCACGCUCGUCGGCCAGCCCGACGCCAAGGCCGAGAAGCUCCCCGUCAAGGUCAGCAGCGGCAAGGGCGGAGAGGCCAUUUCGCUCUUUCGAGUCACCCUCAGGCCGUCGGGCGGCAGCGACGUCACUGUCCGCUACGCUCGCAACAUCAGCGUCGCGGUCGGCGGUAUCCCGCGACUGCCCGAGCCGUUCCAGCAGCCGUACGCGGCGCAGACGCCGCAGGCAGACAGGGCGGCCCGGAUCGUCCACUCGGGCACCUACAUCCCGUCGCUCGCACCUCUGGAGCCCGUCCUCCGCCGCUCGGCUGCCAGGCGCGCCGAGAGGAUGGGCGGCGUCACCAAGGACGAGGGUCGCCUCCGCCUCGCCGUCCUGGGCGGCGGCCAGUCGUCGACUGAGAUGCUCAUGAACCUGCACGACCGCUUCCCAACGGCCAUCGUCACCAUGAUCCUGCGCGCAUCGGCGCUGGUGCCAUCCGACGACACGGGCUUCAUCAACUCGGUCGCCUUUGACCCGGAGAGGACCGACGAGUUCUGGAAUGCCAGCGACAAGCAGCGCAAGGCGUGGCUGCAGGAGUUUAAGCGGACCAACUACUCGGUGGUGCGCACCGACCUUCUCAACGAGCUGCACGACAAGAUGUACGACGCCUUCGAGGUCAAGCUGCCCGAGGAGCUGCAAGACCCGAGCGAGGUCGAGGCCGGACGCAUGGAGAUCCGACGCAACACCUGGGUCGAGGAGGUCGCGCUCGUCGAUGGCGGCGACGACGAAGAGGCCGGCGGUGUCAGGCUGACGGUGCGCGACAAGGUGCGCAACGACCGACGCGAGACGAUCCAGUUUGACGCCGUCUUCCUCGGGACGGGCUUUGUGCGUAGCCCGUCUGCGAUCCCUUUCCUCGAGCCGCUACGGGCGCACUACCCGGCGCUGAGCCCGGACUGGGCGGCAAGGGAUACCAGCGAGGACGACGACAUCGCCACCAAGGUCGACGUCGAGGACGACGAGGAGCUCGAGCGGCGGCGCGAGUGUGCGCGCGGCAUCACGCGCGACUACCGCCUGGUGCCCUACUCCAAGAUCCGGAGCAGCGUGGAUGCGAGUUCGGGCAAGUCGACGCCGUUUACGAGCAGCAGCGACACGUCGUCGACGUCGUCGCAGCAGACGCUGGCCAGCGAGCUCGACGCGGCGGCCACAACCCUCAUGCCCGAACCGAGCCUCUACGUCCUGGGCGGCAACGAGGCGACCCACGGACUGUCGGACAGCCUCCUCUCGAUCUGCGCUCACCGUUCGGGCGAGCUCACGGCGUCGUUGCUCGAGCGCCUGCCCGCUUCCCGACGCAUGACUGGGCCCAGCGCCUCUGCCAACACCAGCGCCACCACCAACUCCGCCACGACUGGAUCGUCGGCAGCCGUCCCGGGCCCGCAUCAACGAGGAGCGGCGGCGGCGGCGGCGGCGACGACGACGAGAAAGCACGUCGACGAGCCGACUCACUCGGCCGCGACGGCGGAAAAGCUGGCGGCCAUCGACAAGCUCAGUAUUUCCUCGUAG